AUGCACAUCCGAGGAACAUCUGUCGAUUUCCGUCCGGGCCGGUCCGAACGACUCGAUCGUAUCUCGUCUCCAAGUCCUCGUUCCGGGAGGGAACGAGGACUCCGUUCCUCGUCGCGACGCAUCGAUGCCACUCGGCAACAGAUAGGACUGGCCUCGGGCGAGGAGAGGCGAGGAGUGGAGGACGUCGUUCGGACCCGGGAUCCGCACAUCCGUCAGCCGGAUUCGAGGAUCUUCUACGACUCCUGCUACUGUGGAAUCUCGCAAUACAAGGGGAAGAGAUCCGGGGAUCCCCCGGGGAAUUCUACGGAUUCCGACCUGGAUCGGAUCAUCGGAGGGACCGUCGUCCCCAGUCAGACCAAGUAUCCGUGGAUGGCCUGGGGUGGGUCGACUCCGACUCAGAUGGGUUGCACCGGGGCCCUCAUCAACGAUCGGUACGUGCUCACUGCGGCACACUGCGUCGACCUGACCAAGUGA